AAAAUCAGGCCCAAAGAAAAGAUUUUUAGAUACAAAAAUUGUUAGUUCUUCUUGACAAUUUUCCGACUCUUCAACUGUGUGAACCUGGGUUGGUUAUUAGCUAGAUGUUUUUAUAAUUAACUUAACAAUAAUUUUAUUUCGGGUGUAACAAACCGACUUGAAGUAGAGUGACUAAUCGUUAGCCAAGAAGAUUUGUUUAAAGUCAUUUGCAUUUCCGCCUAAUUAAUUAAAACAACGUGUAUUUUUGAGAUAAGAAAAAUAUUUAAGUGGAACUUAACACAAAACAAAAAUUUAUAAACAAAAAAACAAAUUGGUGCUUUUUGUUGAGUGCUUAAAUAGUUUUUAUAUUUUAUUCAAAUUGAACUAAAAGAUCUCUUACCACAUUUUGGUGCUAUAUAAAACUUAAUACAAAUCAACAUUAUGGUGGAAUUCAGAUUUGAUAUAAAACCCUUAUUUCCUCAGCCAAUUGUUAAGAUUACAUCAAACCUGUUGCCACACACUUUUCGAGGUGACCGACGCAUGGCGUUGGAUACAACCUCAAAGAUGUCAGAAAUAAUUGAUAGACUUGGCGAAUUGUCGGCAACGUCACAAAAAUUAACCAAAGCGGUAACUACAUCUCAGCGGUUAAGGAUGUCUGAUAAUCAAAAAAUAUAUUUACUUGCCGAUGUGGGUGCUGGUCAUAAUGGUGCUGUAAUUGGCCUCCUUAAGGUUGGUACCAAAUCGCUUUAUUUAUUUGACGAAUCCGGUGAAACGAAAAAAGUCGAUGACGCUCCAUGUAUACUUGAUUUUUACAUUCAUGAAUCGCGUCAAAGAGCCGGCCUUGGCAAGGAUUUAUUCGAAGCAAUGCUAGCUGAAGAAAAUUGGGCUCCAAUUAAGCUCUCAAUCGAUAGACCAUCGGAGAAACUCUUGGGUUUCUUAAAGAAACAUUAUGGACUGGAAAAAACUAUUCCGCAGUCGAAUAAUUUUGUUUUGUAUGAAGGAUUUUUUGGUUCUCCAACAACUGAGAAUAACAAUCAGCAACAUGCAAAUGGAUUACAUAUAACCGACAGUCCUAACACCGCAUUAUUUGGACCACAUUUCAUUGGUAAUGAUAACAAGAAGAGGAUAAGGCAACUGGAUGCAUCUUCGCCCAGCGCACAAGUAACACAAAUUUCACCAGUUGGACGUUAUGCGGCACCCCGUCCAUCUUGCAGCAUGGCUGAGAUAAUUCAUAGCAGUACAAAACCCAAUACAGGAGAAGCUGGCAGCACAUUAAACGAUGUCGAAGAUGUAUUGAAAGAGGAAAUUACAAUAGAUUCUGUUUGUCAGGAUUUCCAAACCUUACAAACUGCACCAUCAGAAGAAAAUGUUAUUCAAGAGAAAAGCUCAGAAGCUUCAACCGAACACUUGAAAUUGGAACUUCAAGAAGAAAAUAUUAAUGACAUUUCUUUAAAUAUUAUCAACGAUGAAGAACGAGUAGAACCCGAUGGGGUAGCUGAGAACUUAUCUCAUCCCCAGAAGCCAACUUCAUUCCAGUUGAGCAAGCAACAUACUGGUCUUAAAAAUAUUUCUUUCAAUGUAGGUAUGGCAGUUACACCGACAAAUAAAAUGGAAUUCGAUCAGGAACAAACAGAUGAAUUUGGCGUUGUCAAAAUUAAUCGUCCUCCUGGCAAAUUGGUCUCUCCACCGCCGCCAGACAACACUGAUGCAAUGUCAACAGUUUCAUCAGGAGAAGGCUUCACUGAUCAAGGCUAUUAUGAUUUGAAAUUUUAUCACAAUAAGCUUUGGUAAAUUGUGUCGUUGCCGCAGAAGUCGAAGCCGUCGCCGCAGAUGCGCCAGCCAUUAAACAUAAUUUAGUCCUAAACUGUUAUAAAUGCAUUUAGCCCUAACGUAUUUACUGUACUGGCAACUUUUUGAAAAUUCAAUACAUAUGUAUAGCUAUGUAUAUAUAUGUAUGUAUGUAUUUAGAAGAAUUUUAUUAACUAUUUUUAUUUGUUUAUAUUAUGUAUUUUAAUUGUUUCAUUUGCAAUUUGUUACAGACUGCACAAACGCACUCAUUUAGUUAAUUCAGUUAUAGUUAAAUAAUUUAAAGUACCUUCAUACAACACAAUUGUUAUUUUACAGCUCUUCGGUUAAUAAAUAUUACCAAAACUUAAUGCUAUAGAAUAUUUAAACAUGAAUAUAAUAUUAUAUUUAAUCACACAAAACGAAGAUGACGAUGACGCGUCUUAUAGAGAGGAGAGGAAGCUUCAGUAAAAACAAAAAAUACUUACAUUAUAUGCAUUUUGACAAAAAAAAUAUCAUUAUUUUGGAGACCAAAAGAAAAAAAAACAAAA